UAAGAAAAUGCAAGUGUUUGAAAUAGAUAAUGUAAAAAUUUACAACCUUAGCACUGGAAAGUCGUUACCAGAUUGGCUAACAGAGCGAAAAAAACGAGCAUUGUUGAAAAAAAAUGUAGAUCUUAGAAGAAGAAUUGAACUUAUUCAAGAAUUUGAUAUGCCUGGUGUGAGCACUAACAUAAGAGUUUCUAAAGAUGGACAAUAUAUUAUGGCAACAGGUAUCUACAAACCAAGAAUCAAAUGUUAUGAUGUCAACAACUUGUCUUUGAAAUUUGAAAGAUGUUUAGAUUCUGAAGUAGUUACAUUUGAAAUUUUAAGUGAUGAUUACACAAAGAUUGUAUUUUUACAAUGUGACCGUUACAUUGAGUUUCAUGUUGGUCAUGGCAGACACUAUCGGUUAAGAGUUCCUCGUUUUGGAAGAGAUAUUGCAUAUUAUACAAAUUCUUGUGACUUAUUUGUUGUUGGUGCUUCUUCUGAAAUAUAUAGACUUAAUCUAGAACUGGGCCAAUUUUUGGCACCAUAUGUGACAAAAGCAACUGAAAUAAACUGUUGUGCUGUCAAUGAAGAACAUGGUCUACUUAUUACUGGCAGUGGAAGUGGGCAUGUUGAAGCAUGGGACCCUCGUACUAAGACUAGGCAAGGAAUAUUGGAUUGUGCCGUUCAUUGUACAGACUAUGAUUAUAGGAAUAAUAGUUUACCAGCUAUCACCACUGUUAAAUUUGAUAAAGGCUUGAGAAUGGGUGUUGGAACAUCAACUGGGCAUGUUUUAUUAUAUGAUAUAAGAUCAAGUAAGCCUCUGUUAGUUAAAGAUCAUCUAAAUGAAAUACCUAUCAAACAUAUAGACUUCCAUAAACAAUUAGACUAUGUUUACACCAUGGAUUCAAAAGUUGUGAAGAUUUGGGACAAAAACACAGGUAAACAGUACACAAGUAUUGAAUCAUCGGUAGACUUUAAUGACUUGUGUGUUGUUCCAAACACUGGACUUAGUAUGAUGGCAGUUGAAGAACAAAAAAUGCAAAUAUAUUAUAUUCCUUCUCUAGGGCCUGCACCGAGAUGGUGUGCGUUCUUAGACAAUUUGACAGAAGAAUUAGAAACUUCAGCUUCACAAACCGUUUAUGACGAUUACAAAUUUGUAACAAAACAGGAGUUGGAAUCUCUUGGUUUAGAUCACCUGCUUGGCACAAAUCUUUUAAGAGCUUAUAUGCAUGGGUAUUUUGUGGAUGUGAGAUUAUAUAAAAGAGCAAAAUCCAUUGCUGAUCCAUUUGCAUUUGAAGAUUAUAAGAAACGGAAAAUAAGAGAAAAAAUUGAACAAGAGCGGCCGUCCCGAAUCAAAAUUGAAGAUAAUUUGCCGAAAGUCAAUAGAGAUUUGGCUACUAGGCUUAUGGAUAACAAUAGUCGUAAGAAAAAUCAACCUGCCGACUUACUAAAAGACGAUAGAUUUAAGGCCCUGUUUGAGAAUCCCGAGUUUGAAGUUGAUAAGGAAGCAGAAGAAUAUAGGUUACUGAAUCCUGUAAUGUCUAAAUUUACUAAAAACAAGGUUAAAGACAAGGAAAUCGAAACAACUGUUGUACAGAAUAAAGAAGAGCAAGAUAAAGAUUCUGAUUUGGAACUCUAUGAAUCAACUGAAGACAGUUCAGAUGAGGACCGCACAUGGGUAAAGGAGGUUAAAAAACAGCAUAAAAUUAUUAAAUAUAAAAAACGAGAGGCAGAUGUCUUGGAUAAUUCCAAUAAGGAAACUAUAUAUGAGUUGAGCAAAGCCCCCAACAUGUCAAGUAAUAUCAGAAGUAUAACAAAAGUCAGUAAGGCAAGUUUAGGUGACCGACUUGCGAAGGAAGGUUUCUCUGCAAUGUCUUCUGGAAUUGGAGGUAACAAAGAGAUGAAAUUUUCAAUGCGUGGAAAGAAGUCUGAAUCAGAUAAACAUAAAAAAAUGAAAAAGCAUUAUCAAGAAAGAAAACAGAUCGUUCGAAGAACAGGAUUUUUAACUAAAAAGAAGUUAUCCAAAAUGUUUUAAUUACCUAAUACCUAUUUAUUACAUUGUAAUAACAUUCAAUUAAACUAAUAUUUUGCAUUGGUUCUAAUCGAAAAUACAAUGUGAAAUGAAAGUUGCAUUUUUUUUAUUUGUGAACAAGAAAAUAUUUUAUCUAAUAGUAACAGUUGGUUACUUUUACGCCAUCAUUAAUGUUUGUCCAUUUCCAA